AGAAAGAGAGGAGGGGAGAGUGAAACAAAGAGAGAGACAGAGUAUAGAAGAGUGAGAGUCCUGCUCUGUGCUGCACAUCUCCAACUCGGUGCUGCUGUAUCCUCUGCUGGACCAGACGAUGAUGCCCUCUGAGCUCCUCAUCCCCGGGUGGCUGCAGCACCUGCUCAUCGUGCUCCUGAAGCUGAGCCUCUCCUGUGCCUCCCCUCUAAAAGUUACCAAUGGGACUGCGUGCACGGCUCGAGGCCCCGCCUCUUACAUCCUAGUAUUCACUGGCCAGUGGAGCCCGCAGAUGUUCCCGAAACAGUACCCUUUAUUCCGACCGCCUGCACAGUGGUCCAAACUUGUCGCUGUCACCCACAAUGAGCGGUACCGACUGUGGCAGGAAGGGGCAAUGGCAAGCCCUGGUGUACAGAGUUUUGCUGAGCUCGGUGUCACGGUUGAGCUGGUAAAGGGGGCAAAAGAAGCAAGGAAGAGGAGGGUAGUGGGCUCCAUGUACCGCACAGCAGGGAUCCCAUCGGGAGUUGGCCACAGCUCCACUGAGCUCGUUCUGCAGCCCAGGAACCCACUGCUCUCCUUGAUGGUGAAAGUAAUUCCCAGUCCUGACUGGUUUGUGGGGGUGGACAGCCUAAACCUGUGCGAAGCGGGUCAAUGGAAAGAGGAAGUGACUUUCGACCUGCACCCGUUUGAUGCCGGGACGGACAGCGGUUUCACUUUCUCGUCACCCAAUUUUCCCACGAUGCCCCCUGAGAACAUCACAAUGAUCACGUCUCAGAAGCCAAAUCAUCCAGCAAACUCGUUCUACUACCCGCGGGUGCCUGAGCUCCCACCACUGGCCAACAUCUGGCUGAAGAGACAACCUCGCUCACCCGUCCGUCAACACAACCACGUGUCCAAUCACAUCCUGCCUCAACUCAGCAAAGCCCCACAAUUUACAGAGACGCCGCUGGACUGUGAGGUCUCCAUGUGGUCGUCCUGGGGGCUGUGUUUGGGGCCGUGCUCCAGAGGAGGAGUGCGCCAUCGUACCCGCUACAUCUUGUUGAAACCUGCUAACAGCGGCACCCCCUGCCCCGAGCUGGAGGAACAGGCCGAGUGCACGCCACACAACUGCCUGGUGCAGCAGUGAUGCCUAUUUCAGUGCUGGCGCACACACAUACACACACACACACACACACACACACUCUGACACUGUCCACUUUGAGAUGCAAGGCAGUGCUAUGUAAUACCUAAAGAGGUCAGAGGUCACAGUGAGUGGUGGCCUAGUGCACCAGUUCUGCCUGGAAGAAUACGGUUCCUGCAUUCAGCUUACAAAGAGACACUUUUUUUAUAUAGUGUAUCGAAAAUAAUCACAUAAUUUUUGAAAAUGUCAAAUGUUAUGGAUAGGAUAUUUCCUUUUAUUAUUAUUAUUAUUAUCCACAUUUCACAACAGCACUGAGACAAAAGUACUUCAGUUGUGGAAUGAAUUGACCAACAGUGCCCUCCACUAGUACACUUUAAAUUAGCCCACUAAGACUGAAAUCUUAUACUGGGGCAAUUAGGAUGAAUUUCUUAACAUUAUUAGGCUGACAGUCUCCAUAACAUAAUCUUAUAUUAUUAUUAUAUUAUUGUUUUGCUCCCUCCACAGCUUUUGAAAAGUUGUAUAUAUGAUGUAUUUAGUCAUUUUCUCCUUUUAAUAAAUGUGGUGUUGUUUCCU